AAGAAGUGUGUGAAUGUGUGAUGUUGCCUCGGUUGAAUAGUUGUUACAACAUCAUAUUCCGACAUGUAACUCACGUAGUCAAAAGUCAAUUCAUGGUUGAGGUAAAUGUGAAAGUGAGUCUUCAUUCAUUUAACUUAGAUGCUGCCAAAAUCUUCUAUAGGAAUUGCUGCUUCUCUCAAAAAGCAAACUUUGCUGUCUCCAUUGCUCUUGAAGUCCUAAUCCUUUUUAUUUUACUGAUAUUUAUCAGGAAUGGUCGGACUGAUUUGGAUUCUUUGAGGAAUGUCACAUUUAUUUUUGUAGGAAUAUAUGUAAAACAUAUAUAAUUGUCCAUUACUUAUAGGUUUAUUAUCAACCUUGCAGGACUGCCUCAGUGGUAAGGGACGUAUGCUGGGACGUGUGGUUUGACAUACUGUCUAACAUUCAGCUUCAGUACUAUCUGUAACAGUAUGCUCCUUUGUAGCGCCCAACUCGAGUGAAUGGGGCUACAAGCCUCUGCAGAUUGUAGUGUCAAGCUUGGUCGUGCUGGGCGAGGUGCCGAACAUACUAAAUCUCAUAACCUAGUGAGUAUGUUUUCUGAGCCAAAGGGCCCAUGAGAACAAAUCUGUGCAGGAUAGUAUGGACUGACUCAAAGCGGACAAUAUUCACUAGGUCCAAGGAGUGGCGGGUUGUUACUUGUUACAGAGAAUGUCACACUCAAAUCCCUCCUAAGGAUCAGGCUCGUGUACUCUACAGACCAUGAUUUGUAGGGAUGGACUAAUGCAGAUGCUGUUUCAUGUUAAGGCAGGUUUGAAACCCAAUAUAUCCUCUGAAUUUCUCAAGACUGGUGCAGGUCCCUAAUCUGACAAAUGUAAACUUUGGGAUGGUUAGCCACCCCUUUUGCCAGAGCCAAUCACCCCAGGUUUUGUUGGUUAUAAAAAAAAACUCCUUUCUCAUCCCCAACAAUCCUACUUUUGACUCUCUUGUUGUAUAGAUCCAAAACAUUCAAUCUCUUUUGUUGUUAUUUAUUUCCUUUGUAGGACUUGUUGUAAUACUUCCAGUAUUCACUGCCAUGGCAGCUCCAAAUACUGAGCUUUACUGGAGAGCUUUGUUCUUAGUCAUCUGGUUUCUUGUUUCUGCAGUUGGACAGAACCUGCUAAGCUGCGAGACUGCUUCACCUGACGCUUCUGGCUACCGUUGCAAUGGAAAUGAGGCACAGGAUCAAUGCAAGACAUUCGCGAUUCUUCGCGCGAAUUCAUACUACUCAUCUCUUUACAACCUCAGCUUUUACUUGGGAUUAAAUCGGUUUGCGAUCGCUGAAGCCAAUGGGUUCUCUGCUGACACACAGUUUCUUCCCAUAGAUCAGCCUCUGUUGAUACCAAUUGAUUGCAAGUGCAGUGAUGGUGUCUUCCAGGCUGAAGUUACAAAAAUAGCUAUCAAGGGGGAGAGCUUUCAUGGAAUUGCAGAAUCUCUGGAGGGCCUGACGAGCUGCAAAGCUAUCCAAGAUAAGAACUCAGGUGUCUCCCCUUGGUAUAUCGGUGACAAGGUUCGGUUACAGGUACCGUUGAGAUGUUCUUGUCCAUCUUCUGCAGAGAUCAGUGAAGGAAAAGGAGUCCUGCUCUCUUAUCCUGUAAGAGCAGGUGAUAAAACUUCAAAUUUGGCUACUAAAUUCAAUACCACAGUAGAGGCAAUUGUAUCAGCAAACAAGAGAUCAUUAGGUACCUUUAAACCAGCAAUCCUAACACCUUUUACCACUAUUCUGAUUCCGGUCAGUAGUGAGCAUAUCCUCCUGUCCCUGGAAAAGCCCCGCGAACCCAAUUUAAGUUUUCCGGCUACUAGCAUUCCUACGAUUGCUCCACAUAAGAAGAAGGUUAAGAAAAGAAAGACUGUAAUUUAUAUUGCCAUUGCUGGAGCUGCAGCUGGGGCAGUCAUUGCUAUUGCUGCAGUAGUCGUGGUGAUUCAUCAACUGAAUAAGAAGAAGCAGAAUCUGCAGAAAGGAGACGCAGAGCUGCAGCAGCUUAGCUUAAGUGUAAGAACCACCAGUGAUAAGAAGAUCUCAUUUGAUGGAUCCCAAGAUACUCUUGAUGGUCGAGUCGUUGACAUGCCCCGCAAAACGUUGCUGGAGACAUAUACUAUGGAAGAGCUGAAAAGAGCUACAGAGGACUUCAGUUCCAGUAAUCACAUUGAAGGAACUGUAUACCAUGGCCGUCUGAAAGGGAAGAGCGUGGCGAUAAAGCGUAUGCAAGAAGAAAUGAUAUCGAAAAUCGAUGUUGGUCUUUUCCGCAAUGCAAUUCAUCGUCACCCCAACAUUAUUAGGCUAUUUGGAAUAUGUACUGGUGAAGGGCAUGAUGCUGCAUUAUUGGUAUUUGAAUUCGCCAAAAAUGGAUCCUUGAAGGAUUGGCUUCACGGAGGAUUGGCAAUGAAGAACCAGUUCAUCGCCUCGUGUGAUUGUUUCUUGACAUGGAACCAAAGGUUGAGAAUCUGUCUUGAUGUAGCCAUGGCAUUACAGUAUAUGCACCAUGCCAUGAACCCGAGCUACGUUCAUAGAAACAUAAAGAGCCAUAACAUCUUCCUUGACGAAGACUUCCAUGCCAAGAUUGGUAAUUUUGGUAUGGCAAGAUGUGUCGAGGCAGACACCGAGGACUCAGAGGUUUAUUUAACCAAUCCUGCAUCUUGGAGUCAGGGGUAUUUGGCUCCUGAGUAUGUUCAGCAGGGUGUUGUAUCCCCAAGCAUGGACAUAUUUGCAUACGGGGUCGUUCUUCUGGAGGUAUUAACAGGGCAAACACCAGUAAAAAGGCCUAAUGCGAAAGGAGAAGCAAAUGUUUGGCUCUCUGAGAGAAAAAAAUCUAUAACACAGUCCGAAAAUGCAGACGAGCUCAGGGAAUGGAUGGACAGUGCAUUGGCGGAGAAUUAUCCGUUCGAAGCAGCAGUGACAUUGGCUAAUCUUGCAGAGGCUUGUGUGGAGGAAGAUCCUUCUUUGAGACCAACUGCUGGAGAAGUAGUGGAAAAGCUGUCAAAGUUGGUGGGAGAAACAGCAGCAGAAGGUGAGCACAUUUUGGGUUGUGAAAGCUCUAGCAAACCUUUGGUCAUGGCAGCUGCACGUAGUCAUUGAAGGUUCUGAAAUCUCCACCAUUGAUUAGCCCUGGUAUUGUUUUUGAAUCUUUUGAAGAGUCUUAUAGAUAAUAGUUAUGAGAUGAUGUAUGUAUGUAUGUAUGUAUAUAUUACACAAAAGGCAGGCUUCUGUAUUGUAGUGAUUAUGUUUCCUAAUAAAUAACAAUGAUAAGAACUCUGCAUUCCCCACCAAUACAUGAUCUUGGACCAGAUACUUGCAAAACAAGGCCAG